GCGGGAGUCUUGGGCGCGCGACGGCAUGGUUCGCGCAAUGUCUCGUGUCAGCAGUAGCGGUGUCAGCCAAUAAUUUCUUGCGACGAAAUUUUUAUAAUUAAAACGUCGACCCGCGUCGUGGGCUCUCGAUCGCGAUACGACUGCUGGGAUAAGCCUCGAAUAAGAACACCGUCAGUGUUUUUAUCUCUUUUCAAAUUUAUUGGUCGUCUUGGAACGUUUUCUCGAUUGCCUGUCAGCCGAGGAUCCAAACAUGAGCACCGACAACGACUCGGACAACGAUCUGCUGGAGGAUCUUUUGGGCAUAGCCGACGACGAUGACAAGAGCACUGAACCGGAGAAAGUCACGACGUCGGAUCAAAAAUCAAUCGCCAAGUCCGCGGAGCCCGUAGAAAAGUUGAAAAAGGAAUCUUCGUUUUCUGCUUUGCCUUCUGCUGCCGCACCUUCGCAGAGUGAUUCUGUUAAGAGCUCUCAAGUCAGCCAGUUGAAGGAGCUCGACUAUAAUUUUUUGGACGUCUGUGACGAAGAUUUCGCUGAUGAUUUUGACGUGGAAAAGUCAGCAGAGAAAAAAACAACUUCCAAUAAAUCCAAGACAAAAGACUCUGUUUUUAAUGAUAAUGGCAAUUCUUCAGACGAAGAGGACAAAAAAUAUUUUGAGAAUCAGCAGUAUUCUGAUUACGGAAGAGAGAUUAAAAAUCUCAUGAAAGACAAAGAGACUGAGAAAAGUUUUAGUUUAAGUUUUAAAUCAAAUGAUAAUUACAAAAUUGACAUUAAUGAGAGGAUAGUGUUGAAAGUGAGUGAUGAUUACAAAUCUGUGUUGAAAAAAAAAACCAACGAAGACAAAGUCACUCCAGAACCACCAAAACCCAGUAAAUAUGCUUUACAAGCUCAACAAAAAAUCAAAGCGCAAAAUGAUGUUUAUAGUGAUCCAAUAUUUGGUUUUAGAAUGAUUACUCCUUUGAUCUCAUCAACAGAUUUGGUAGAAAAAAUGAAGGGCAUCAAACCUGUGACAGUUGCUUCAAUAAAACAACACAUAAUAAAUCAAAAGGCAGGCAUGCUAGAAGAUUGGGUAUUUGCUGGAGUUGUUUUGAAUAAAAGUUCACCCAAAACAUCUGCCAAAGGAAGUCAAUACAGUAUUUGGAAACUUACUGAUUUAUCAAAUGAAAUGAAAACUGUGGCAGUAUUUCUAUUCAGCAAUGCUUAUAAACAAUUAUGGAAACUGAGUACUGGAACUGUAAUAGGUAUUUUAAAUCCAAAUGUCUUAGAGAGUAGAGAUGAUAAGGAUGUGGCAACUUUGUCAGUUGAUGUUCCCCAAAGAGUUUUAGUUUUAGGAACUUCAAAAGAUUUAGGAACAUGUAAAUCCAUUAAGAAAAAUGGUGACCCAUGUACUGCCCCAACAAAUAUCAGAUACGGCGAACACUGCGUGUAUCAUGUGAAACAAGAGUAUGGAAAAUUUUCAAGAAGAUCAGAACUUCAAACUAAAGCUCCUCAGAAAUCGUUUAAUGAGCCAAGACAACAAAAAUUAAAUGCAUCAACAUCAAGUUUUUCAAGUUUUUCACAACAGCGAAAUCCUCAAGCAGCCCCAUUUAUUGCUGUUAAAGCAGUUCGUAAUGAAGCCAUGUAUAAGAAAGAUUGUGAACGUUUAGCUGCAUUAAGAGGUGAUAAAGUAGCUACAGAAAAAUUAAAAAUGGAUUAUAAGGCUAAAAAUGAACCUGAAUUAAAAGUAAAAGUUACCAGUGUUGAUUUGACUCCUAAACAGAUGAAAAAAGAUUCAGAAAGAUUAGAUAGACUACGAAAAUUGCAUGCAAAUGAUCCAUCUCCUAUACAAGAGUGUAAAAAAGAAACACCCAAAUUUAAUUUACCACCACCUAAAUUAGGCGCUGCCGCAAGAAAUGGAAUUAUUGAUUUUUCUUCGCCAAUUCCUAAAAGUGCUAUCAGUAGAGCAAAGUUGAAUGCCAUUGAAUGGGUUAAAAAAAAUGGUGGCCUAAAGAAAGAAAAUCCUAAUAAAAUUAAACCACAAAAAGAAGAGAUGAUAGCCAAAGGAUUGAAAAGAAAGAGAGAAGAGGAAGAAAAUACAGAAGAAAAAAUUGCAGAAAAAAUAAAUAAAGAGGUCGAAGCUAAAAGUAAAUUUCGAGAAAUGCUUGAAAUGAAAUCAUCUCACUCAGAUUUGAUUGAAAACCGAGAAGAUGAAGAAAAGGAAAAGUAUUUUAGAAAACUUGAGGUUAAAGAACAAAUGGAAGAGAAAAUGUUGUCAACGUAUAAAAUGGAUUGCAAAGCUGUGUAUUGCCGCGUUUGUAAAUAUACAGCAUUUUCAAGUUCUGACAUGUGCAAGCAGUUACAACAUCCUAUUAAAGUAAUUGACGCUGUUAAAAGAUUUUUCAAAUGUGGUGAUUGCGGAAACAGAACAAUAUCUCUUGAUCGAAUUCCUACGGAAACAUGCAAAAGAUGCUCUAGCUCCAGGUGGACAAGAACAAGUAUGAUGGAUGAAAAGCGUUUGGAAGUAAAAACUGCCAAGUUAUGUAUCAGAGGCGGAGAAGAAAAAUUCAUUGGCUCAGUUGCUACUGAUGCAAGCCUUAAUUUGUUAGUACCAGAUGAAUAAAUUUUGAAAUAAGUUCAAAAUGAUUGUACAAAUCUUUCAAGAUUAAUCUAUUCUGUAACGUUUAACGAAUGUAAAUAGAUCAAUAAAUUCAUUGUUGAAGUUAAA